AUGAACAUACAGGUCUUGAAGCCCUGGAGCAGGCUCUCGACACAAAACAAUGCUCGCGUGACAUCGCUACGAUGUUCCGGGAACAAGGUUUACCUUGGGCUAUCCAAUGGCGAUCUACUGGUCAUGUCGAUCAAUAGUCAAACAGAAACACCCGGUUCUGAGCCCAAUUCGAUCCGCAGUUUCCGCUCCUUUACCGAUGCGAAACACAUGUUCACAGAUAAUAAGCAUGCAAAUUCUUUGGUGGUCGAAAAGACGUUCCUGGCGGUGUUUAAACUGGCCAUUACUGCUAUAGACAUCAUUCCACUUUUUCCGGAAAAUGGCAACAGGGUAGUGCUUCUACUAUCCACAGAUGAUCAGAUACAGGUGUACGAGUGGGUUGGAGCUCAUUUGAACCUAGUCAAAACGCUAGAGGAGGCACGAGGGAGUAGCGCCCGGUCGUACGUUAAGGUAGGCGAUAGUAGGUAUUUAUUGGUAGGACUGCGCAAGAAGGUAUUCCUAUACAAGAUCGAGCAGCGGACUCGCAAUAUUUAUGACUUUGUUUUGGCUGCAAGCCAUCUCUUUCGUGACAGAGUCAAGGAGAUAUGUGCGUAUGGAAAGGAGGAGCUGGCUAUAGUGGCGACAGGACAUGGGUAUCAUCUAUUAGAACUUGGUGGAACUUAUUCUGUACGUGAACUACCAAAAGAUUUUGCAAAUGUUGGUGCGUUUGUGCAGCCCUCUUCUUUCACAUACUUUGGCCUCUCCAGCACGGGGCCGGCGAUAAGAAUUGUCCCCUGCGGCAACGAUCGCUCAAUCAUAGUGAAUGAUCUACAAACGGCUAUGCUCAGGCCCUCCGAUGGUUUCCACAGGUUGGAAGAAUCUGCAGUGGUGCUCCCAACGGCGCCUGUUGCAGUCAAUUACUUAUACCCAUGUUAUAUGAUUGUAACAUACCCAAAGACACUUGAGAUUAUUGACAUUGAUAGCGGAUGCCGUAUUCAAGAAUUCAAACAUCUGCUCAACAGCUAUCAAAUCUCCGUCUCUGUCUCCGACGGAAGUGUUGUCAUUGGAGCUGGCUCUAUGGUCUAUCAUUUCAGCAUUUUACCUUCUCAAAAGCAGCUCGACCAAUAUUUAUCCUCGAGCGAUCCUAAUCUGAACUCUCAGAAGGAGUUGAGCGCCGAUGCUCGUGCUUUUGGAAUCAAUCGGGCCAUCACCUAUGUUAUUUCAUUGGCAGAUGAUGACCCAUACCUUCAAGAUAAAGCUAAUGCUUCGGCUCUGACAGCAAAAACGAGGCAGCUUUUCCUUCGUGAUUUGCAGAAGGAAAAGGCAGUCUUAUAUUUUGAGAGGUAUUCGAGGUAUGCUGAAGCUCUCGUAGAUAUCGCAUCAGAAUGGGCGAUCUCAUUAACAGACAUCCUUCCCCUCUUCCCUGAAUUUUUGAAUGGAAGCACUCACAAGAUAUCUGGUACCUCUCGUCUGGCAUCUGCACGGAAGGGAAGUAUUAAAAAUGUCACAAUCGAAGAUUUGGAGCUGUUUAAGCUGUUAGAAAAGCUCAGACCAAGCAGCGAUGGUUCUUCGAAAGAUCCCAAUGCAGCCAAAAAAGCCGCGGCCUCUCGUUUUAGCAAAGCCGUCAAUAAUUUCAUCGUCUAUUUGACCGAUCAAAGACGUAUCCAUUACAGUCUUUUGAGCUCACCAAAUAGUGUCCACUCCAUUAAAUGGAAGGGCGUCGAAUUGAACGCACUUGACAUUUAUCCUGGACUAGACCCAUCAAAGGUCCAGAACAUGUUGACCAGUUGCAUCAUCACCAUUGACACGACCUUGUUUCUUUGCUAUUUUUACAUCAAACCUAUGCUUCUUGGGCCACUUCUCCGUUUGCCAAACAACAAAUGUAACGCAAAAGUUGUAAAUGAAUGCUUGCUCAAAAAGAUUCAUGCACACGAUGAGGAGCUGGAAGGCUCGCUAAGUCAGCUUCUUGAUUUCUAUUUUGGUAGAGAGCUACACGACGAUGCACUUGCGAUGUUGAAAGUCUUAGCACAUGAUCUGGAGGAAUAUGAAGAUAAAGGUUUCGAAAACCUUUUGCGUGGGCCUAUAUUGACUAUUAGAUACAUGCAAAAGCUUACCAAUGAACAUUUGGACCUCGUGCUCAAGUACUCACAUUGGAUUUUAGAGGAGAACUCGGAGUCCCUCGUGGCGCAAGCAGAGCUUAUCUUCAUGAAUGAGUCAUACGAAUGUGAGAGUUAUGACAAUUUCAAGGUGUUUGAGUUCCUCAAGGGUUUAUCCAAAUCCGAUGCAUUGCCUAUUCGAUAUUUGGAGUGGCUCUUGUAUGACACGGACAUCUUGGAGUCUUCUUCUCGAAAGAAGCACACACUGAAGCUCACCACAAAGCUCAGUCUCUUUUAUUUGAGGCACUUGAAGCUUCUUAAUUCCUCGGGUGACAGUUUCUAUCAAAGUGAUUGGUACAAAAAGCUACACAAGUUACUUGAGAGCAAUAGGGAGUUUGAGCCAUGGACCAUUCUUAAAAACAUACCUACUAGUGAAGACAAGUAUUUGAGGUUCUCGAUAUUCAUAUACAAGCGGUUGGGCGAGCAUCAGAAAUCUGUCGAUAUAUUAUACAACCAACUUGCAGACCUUCACGGCGCUAUGGAGUACUGUGCGGAGGUUUAUGAGCUGCAAGGCGGAAAGACCGCAGGAACAGACCUUUUGCAGAAACUUCUUGAGGAUUUGCUCAUGCACUACGAGGAGAAUCAAGACGGUAUAGUCACGCUUCUCCUCGCCCAAGGCCACCGCAUGUCAACCCUCAACAUUCUUGCCGCGCUCCCUAACACGUUUCCACUACACAAACUUAGUCUUUACUUAGAGGUCACCACUCAGGCCAAGCAAAACGAGCUCUAUGUGGCAAGAAUGGCGGGCCAACUAAACAAAGUGGGUGCUUCCAAACUCAAACAUCAACUUCUCCGCGCCCAGCAGGGCUAUUGUACGGUCACCAGCAGGAACGAAGUAUGUCAGAUCUGUGGGAAAAGCCUCAGCAGUGGGAUGUUAUGUGCGGGCCACAAUCAUCAUGCUGUCCAUUAUGGGUGUGGUAUGAAGUCAGAGGCAGCCUAA